CUAAAUUCGACAUACAUAAACUAUGUAUGAUUUGUACUUCAAAGUACAUACAUAUACAUAACAUAUAUAAUCUUACAAUUGGAUAUGUAAUUUGUCGGAUUACAAGGUACUCUUUUGUAAAAAAUUCCGGACUAUAGGUGGUCUUAGGCGGUGCUCUAUAAUCCGACAAAUUCGUUUGUCGGAUUACCGGAGGUCCACCGUAAUUUAAUCUUGCUGAAGUGAACAUGUAUAUGCAAUUAGAGGUAUUUUAACGGUUUUUGACGCCAUUAUCAUAGGACAUAUGUAUGGCCUUUUUCACGAGUAGGUAUCCAUUCCGUUUUGACGUUUACUAAAGUUUAUUAAGGUCUGUAGAGUUGGCAAUAAUGAACCGUGUAAAACUCAGGACCGUUUAUCUUAUUUUAUUCCUACCCGACUUGAAAUGUAGGGUAUAAUUUUAAUAGAUGGCUGAAAAUACAGGUUAUGAUUCCUUAUCUCAUUUUAGGAAGAACAGUUUAUAUAAGCAUAAUGUCCUAAACCUCUUUGAGCUACAGGGUGUUAAAAUUUUAAGAAAACAUUCGUUAACUUAUCAUAACUUUAACACUGUUCUAGAUAUUUUCAUGGCAUUUUGACAAGUACGCAUAAACGUGAAAUUCCGAGUUAGCAGAUAUGUAUUUUACCUACGGACUUGCUGAUACGACUAAUAUGGUAUAAAUUAUGAUGAACAUUUGGCAUAUCGAUUUAUUUUCGCAAUUCUUAUCUCAGAAAGGUUGUUCCAUCUCAUCUUUUUGUAUAAUAGUGCAGUCCUUUUGGAUCUUGUGUAUAGGGUAGCUUGAUUUAUGUUAAUUUGGGUUUUGUGUCACUCAUUUUUCAAAGCAUGCGUUUAAAUUGCUCGUGCCGUUUUGGAUUUGCAGCUUGUAUUAUGAUAAGAAGUAUUAAUAGUUUGUAAGUCUUAUAGGAUAUUAAUUAUUGUUAAAUGAACGUUGAAGAUUUCAUUGCAGAAUUAUGCACCCGUUUUUUGACCAUAACUGUAGCUUAGUUUUUUAACUUUGACAUGUUCUAAUGUUGAUUUUGUAUAAGAGUAAGAUGCGUAUGCUUAUUAACAAUAUAAAAAGUAAUGUUUUUAUGGUUAUAACUUGAUGAUAGUAUUGAAUAACAUAUUUCACUAGAAGAUACCCAGACGAACUUACGCGGAAAUAAGUAUACGUACCGGGACACUAUAUACCACCACCAUUAGGUGCCAGCGUUGCCACCUCUCAGACUUUCCUCAGAUAAUGGAAUUUCCUUUUCAAACGUUGAAAAAUUCUUAGAAUACAAAAUCUUGGGAAUUAUUACGAGAGAGGUUGAAUAAGUAAUUUUCUUUAAAAGGAAAAUGUAGUCUGUUUUUAUUACUUAUACCGCGGAGGUUCUCAAAUAUAUUUCGUCUACUGCCCAUUUUGAGAAUGAAUUAAUUAUGUCCAACUGGGGGAUUUGCGAUCAAAAUUGAAGAGUAGGUUGGCUUUGGGUCGUAUGCUACAUCAGUACUUCUGAAAACGCACGACCUUAUGACAUCUGAAGAGCGGGAUGGUAUUGACAGGUCCCGUAGGUCAACAACGCACACUUUGAGAAGGAUCGGGGGUAAACUGGAAAGCUAGAAAAAAAUGAUGCAUGUUAGGUUGGAGAUCGUCUCUUAGAUGAUAAACAAAGAUGUCAAUUACUGAUCGGCUAUUCGCGUCAGUAGACGUUAAGACGUUAGAAAGUCGUUGAAAAUAUGUUUCUUCUGUAUCAAACCUGCCUGUUUCGCAUCUAUUUCUGACAUUUUGACUUCCAACCCCACAAACGAAAAUUGGACAUCGUUGUCAUUGACAAGACUUCUGUGGCGAUGAAAAUUGUAUAUGAACGCCUAAGUAUACGUUUGAGCAUCUUCUUGAAUCACGCGUUAAUCAAUGAUGAGAUAAAGAUAGGUGCAUAUCCUGCAAUGAAAUCCUAGCUUACCACAAGGAGUGUCAAUUCAUGGAACACGAAACAAAAAAAAAACAAAAUAGUUUCAAAAAUAUAAAAAUCACCUGUCUUUAUUUAUUUUCUGCCUGGUUAAGAAAUAAAAUCACAGAUAAUGAACGAAUGACCUCAGUGACGUUUUGUACUUAUCUAUAAAACUCACUAUGUCGCAAUUGACACUCCUUCCUAAAACUAGUCCUCUAAAAGAAGAUUCAAUAUUUUGACCUGGCUUAUUCCAAUUCUCUAGAAUACUUUAAAAAUGGUUACACCCUCUACUUAAACUCGGGACUGAGUUCUAGCCGUAACCAUUACGGGCAACGUGUUAUCACUAGGGAGGCAGAUCUAGUGACCGCGCAUGAAUUCGGUCACAAUUGGGGUUCAGAACAUGAUCCUGAUAUUCCAGAAUGUUCACCUAGUGCCAGUCAAGGUGGUUCCUACCUUAUGUAUACGUACAGUGUUAGCGGAUACGAUGUCAAUAAUAAGAAAUUUUCACCGUGUAGUUUGAGGUCGAUCCGUAAAGUGUUACAAGCCAAAUCAGGCAGAUGCUUCUCAGAACCGGAAGAAAGCUUCUGUGGUAACUUGAGGGUCGAAGGUGAUGAAGAAUGUGAUGCUGGUUUACUUGGCACUGAAGACAACGAUGCCUGCUGCGAUAAAGAUUGCAAGCUACGGCCUAAAGCUAUGUGUAGUGACAAGAACUCGCCCUGCUGUCAGAACUGUCAAUUCGUACGCGCCGGCGCGAAAUGCAGGGACGCCCAAUACGCGACUUGCGAACAGGAAUCUAGAUGCACUGGGCAACAGGCCGACUGUCCACGGAGUCCGCCCAUGGCAGACAAUACCGAUUGUCAGGAAAGAGGAAAGUGCAAGGCUGGGAAAUGCGUGCCAUUUUGCGAGACUCAAGGGUUGCAAAGUUGCAUGUGUGACAUCAUUGAAAGUGCUUGCAAAAGAUGCUGUAGGUCGAACAUCAACGAAACAUGUUCACCAGUCGACUCUGCUGACAUCUUGGCCGAUGGAACGCCAUGCAUACAAGGAUUUUGCAAUAACGGACAUUGCGAGAAAACAGUGCAAGAUGUAGUCGAACGAUUCUGGGACAUCAUAGAAGAUAUAAACAUCAACAAAGUACUACUUUUCCUACGAGAUAAUAUUGUUGGUACUGUUGUAUUGGUUACUGCAUUGCUUUGGAUCCCAGCUAGCUGUGUGAUUGGAUACGUUGAUAGAAAACGUAGAAGAGAGGCAUCUGAAAGGUGGGAAUGGCGAAAUAAAUCUGACCUGAUACAUCCCGCAGAUGACAUUAGACAUGUGAUACAUUUGAGAGUACCAAACAAAUCGAGAGGUGCGACUCAACAAUCUAACAGAGUGGUGCCAGAAUAAAUUUUAAUUGAUUAUGUGAUAUUUUGGGGAAGGUGUCUUUUAUGUGAUCUCAAGUACCAUAAGCAAAAACCAAGUUUUUUUGUGAAUUGUUCUGUUGAGAUAUUUAAGUGUAAAGUAGUGUAUGUUAAAAAUGCUUCCAAGUUUUGCGAAACUCCGCCAUAUCUACCAAUUCGUCUAUUUCUAGGGACUAGUGAACUAUGGCUUUUCUAAACUCAGAUUGUGUCAUAUCUUAUUUGUUUCCUCGCAUAAACUAAGGCGCAUUAACCUUGACACACUAGCAGAUCUAGGUGGUAUGUUACCAUUACUUAACAUAAUUAUGUUGUGUACCUGUAAGAAUAUGGAUUCGUGAUAGCAAGUACUUAAUAUAUAACAUAUUUAUUCGUUAAUAAAUGUAUUUGUACUUAA